AUGGCGUUGGACAACUACUACCGCAACAAGAUCGAGGGCAUGAAGCUCGAGAUCAUCCAGGGCCAAGCAGUUCUUCGAAGAUUAGAGGCUCAGCGCAAUGACUACAACUCCCGAGUGCGUCUGCUGAGGGAAGAGCUUGGCUUGCUUCAGCAACCCGGCUCGUAUGUCGGCGAAGUCGUCAAGGUGAUGAGCACCAAGAAGGUGCUGGUGAAGGUGCACCCAGAAGGAAAAUACGUGGUGGAUAUCGCCGACGGCGUCGAUAUUGCAAAGCUCACCGUGGGCAAGCGAGUCGCCCUCCUUUCCGACUCCUACAAACUGGAGAAGAUGCUCCCAUCCUCCGUCGACCCGCUCGUCUCGCUGAUGAUGGUGGAGAAGGUUCCCGACAGUACAUAUGACAUGAUCGGAGGUCUGGACCAACAGAUCAAGGAAAUCAAGGAGGUGAUCGAGCUCGGUCUCAAGCAUCCAGAGCUCUUCGAGUCUCUGGGUAUCGCACAGCCCAAGGGUGUCCUACUCUACGGUCCCCGGGUACCGGAAAGACAUUGCUGGCGCGAGCCGUGGCCCAUCACACCGACUGCCGUUUCAUUCGGUCGCAUGGUGCGAGAGUUGUUCGUCAUGGCUCGCGAGCACGCGCCCAGUAUCAUCUUUAUGGAUGAGAUUGAUAGCAUUGGGUCCAGCCGGAUAGAUUCUGCCGGUGGCGGUGAUUCGGAGGUGCAACGGACGAUGCUGGAGUUGCUGAACCAACUGGAUGGUUUUGAGCCGACUAAGAACAUCAAGAUUAUUAUGGCUACCAAUCGACUGGAUAUUCUGGACCCGGCGCUUCUGCGACCAGGGCGUAUUGAUCGCAAGAUCGAGUUCCCCCCUCCUUCGGUCGAGGCUCGUGCCGAUAUUCUACGAAUCCACUCCCGAUCGAUGAACCUGACACGCGGAAUCAACCUUACCAAGAUUGCGGAGAAGAUGAACGGGUGUUCGGGAGCCGAGUUGAAGGGUGUCUGCACGGAGGCUGGUAUGUACGCGCUGCGUGAGCGACGAGUGCACGUUACACAGGAGGACUUUGACCUGGCGACGGCCAAGAUUCUCAAUAAGCAUGAUGACAAGGAGGUGGCCGUGUCGAAACUGUGGAAGUAG